AUGACUUCGGAAACUAAUUCUACUAUGUAUUACGAUCGACAUGCUGUACAAGAUAAAUUAUCAUUAAAUCAUCUUAACGAUCUACUUGAAGACAGUUUAAAGAGAUAUUCAUCGAAUGAUAAAACGCUUAAACAACCGUUACGUUCAUCCAUGCCAAUUGGUGAUGGUAACGAAAAUAUAUUACUUAACAUGCCAUGCGUUGAUUUAAAAAGAGGCUAUUUAGCACUUAAAACUCUCACACUCUAUCCAAAUUGUUCACCUUCACUAGAUGGAACUGUUUCUUUGUUUAAUUCAAAUAAUGGACAGUUAUUACUGGCCAUUAUCUUAUCAAAAUUAAAAACAGAACCAGUUUUAGCAAUAUUGGGAUGUGGUACUCAAGGUUAUUCUCAUUUGAAAGUUUUUACACAAUUAUUCAAAUGGAAAAAAAUUUAUCUGUGGAAUAGACAUAUCGAAAAAGCUGAGCGUUUAAAAAAUGAUUAUUCGGCUGAGUUAAAUACAAUUGAAGUAUUAAAUGAUUUAGAUGACGAACGUUUAAAAGAAGCUGAUGUUGUGUGUACAACAACAGCAAGUGAGGAACCAUUAUUAAGUGUUCAACGUAUCAAACUUGGUGGACAUAUUAACGCCGUCGGUUCUUUUCGUCUAACAAUGCGUGAAUUAGACGAUAAUUUAAUGUUAAACUCAACAAUUAUUGUUGAUAGUAAAGAAAGUGCUGCAAAAGAAGCGGGAGAUAUUGUUCAGUCAAAAGCAACAAUAACAGCUGAAAUCGGAGAAGUUUUGAAAUUCCCCACACUUCUUGAUGAUCAGAAAUCAUCUUAUACAGUUUUUAAGUCACUAGGUUUGGCUAUUGAAGAUUUGGCUGCUGCUAUUGUUUUACAUGAGUCACGUUGA